AUGGCUUCUUCGCGUGCAAAUACAACGAUUGUUGUCGUCGGAGGAGGCGGCACAAUUGGAUCUUCUACUGCAUUGCAUCUGAUACGCUCUGGCUACACGCCUUCUAACAUUACCGUGCUGGAUGUAUAUCCAAUUCCAUCACCACAAUCGGCAGGACAUGAUCUCAAUAAAAUUAUGGGUAUUCGCUUGCGCAACAAGCCUGAUCUACAGCUUUCGCUAGAGGCUCUUGACCUGUGGACGAAUGAUGUGUUAUUCAAACCGUUCUUUCACAAGGUUGGCAUGAUUGAUUGCUCUUCGUCGAAAGAGGGAAUUGAGAAUCUUCAAAAGAAGCUUCAAUCUCUUAUUGAUGUGGGUCUCGGACUGGAGAAGACCAAUACUUGGUUAAAUGAAGAUGAAAUCUUGAAAAGGGCGCCCUUUUUUACGCCGGAACAAGUCAAGGGAUGGAACGGCUUAUUUUGCAGUGAUGGGGGCUGGCUUGCUGCUGCCAAGGCAAUCAAUGCUAUCGGACAAUUCCUAAAAGAUCAAGGUGUCAAAUUCGGAUUUGGCGGGGCUGGAACCUUUAAGCAGCCUCUGUUCGCAGAUGAAAGGACCUGUAUUGGCGUUGAAACAGUCGAUGGAACGAAAUAUUACGCCGAUAAGGUAGUUCUGGCGGCCGGUGCAUGGAGCUCGACAUUAGUUGAUCUAGAGGAUCAGUGUGUCUCCAAAGCCUGGGUAUACGCUCACAUCCAACUCACGCCUCAAGAAGCUGUCGAGUACAAGAAUGCACCCGUCGUAUAUGACGGUGAAUAUGGUUUCUUCUUCGAGCCUAACGAAUUUGGAGUAAUUAAAGUUUGUGAUGAGUUCCCUGGCUUCUCUCGCUUCAAACAACACCAACCCUACGGCGCCACUUCUCCCAAGAAGAUCUCAGUUCCUCGAUCACACGCCAAACAUCCUACAGAUACAUAUCCCGACGCAUCUGAAGUAACCAUUCGAAAAGCUAUUGCAAGAUUCUUGCCCCAGUUCAAGGAUAAAGAACUGUUCAAUCGGGCUAUGUGUUGGUGUACGGAUACCGCCGAUGCUAAUCUUCUGAUUUGUCAACAUCCCAAGUGGAAGAACUUUAUCCUGGCUACGGGUGACAGUGGUCAUUCCUUCAAGGUGUUGCCAAAUAUUGGAAAGCAUGUCGUCGAGCUGAUUGAAGGAUCGCUAUCUGAGGAAAUGGCCCAUGCGUGGAGAUGGAGACCUGGUGGUGAUGCCCUCAAGUCUAGACGCGAUGCCCCUGCGAAAGAUCUGGCUGAUAUGCCGGGGUGGAAACAUGAUUCUAGGCUAUGA